AUGUGUGAAUCUGUCUACAGUGAAGAAAAACAAACAUCUCUCCAUGUUUCAUUAGAAGAAGAUAUCAUAUGCGAUCUGCUACACAAGUUUUCUUCGAUACGUAAAAUUCAAAGAAUUUUAGCCUAUGUUUUAAGAUUUUUCCUUAAAUCUAAAGAUUCACUGCAAAGUAAAACCUCUUUUAUUUCAUCUUCUGAAAUGCGUAAAUCAUUGAUUUAUAUUAUUCGACAUGUUCAACGAAAGACCUUUUCAGACAUUAUAGAUAAAAUUCUAUCAAAUGCUUUACUUCCUAAACCUUUUCGGAAACUCGCACCUUUCUUGGACUCGGAAGGUCUUGUCAGGGUGGGUGGCAGACUUAAUAAUAGCAACUUCACUUACGAUGUAAAACACCCUAUAUUAUUGCCUAAAUCACACAGACUUACUGAUUUGAUUAUUGAGUGGAUUCAUCAAGCAAACCUUCACCCAGGUUUAAAGACAUUGCACUGUUUAAUCCUUCAACAAUUUUGGAUACUAUCUCCACGAAGUUCUAUUUACAAAUGUUUAAAUCGAUGUAUUCGUUGCUUUCGCUGUAAACCUAAAUCAUACAAUCCUUAUAUGGCUGAUUUACCAUCGUUACGUAUUUCACAAUUGAAAGCAUUUUCGUCCAUUUGUAUUGAUUUUGCAGGUCCCUUUUCUCUAACAAUGCAUCGAUACAGAAAAGCCAAGAUCUAUAAGGGAUAUGUUUGUGUUUUUGUAUGCUCAGCUACCAAAGCAAUACAUCUUGAAGCUACUUCAGACCUUACUUCUGAGGCUUUUUUGGCCGCUUUUAAGCGUUUUGUUUCGCGUCGUGGCAGAUGUUCUUUUACUUCUAGUGAUCAAGGUACUAAUUUCAAAGGUGCCAGCAACCAAAUGCUUCAAUUCGCCCAGGUUGCGGCUCAAGUUUUAUCCAUUACUUGGAAAUUUAAUCCACCCGGCAGUCCUCACUUUAAUGGCCUGGCCGAAGCGGUGUAA